AUGGCGCCGGCGUGGGAGCGCGCCAAGCGCGCUCUCGCAACCAGGUUCUGCAUGCGCUUUGCGGCGAGGCGCGUGGUCGUCGAUGACGCGCCAAGUGGGUUGGUCGACAUGGAUGCGCCGUUUCCGGUGGCAACAGAGGCGGAGCAACAGCAACAGCAACAGCAGCCGGAUGAGAGGGAGGUGUCGCUGGCCGCGGUGUCCCCUGAACCGGCGUCGUCCGAGCAGCUGGCGUCGAGGUCGUCUGGGAGCCGGAGUUCAGCGGAAGAAAUAGCACUUACAGUGUUACCACUAGUACUUAAUGCAGUUAUUUGUGAGGCCACCUUCCCUGAUUCCAAAGCUCUAUCAAUUUAUUUUGGUUCUUAUCUGCGCCAUGAGGUCCGGCCAAGCGGCCAAGCUCUGUUCACUGCUGAAUGCUCCCACAAGUUCCAUUUCAGCUGCAUCUCCUCAAAUGUGCAGCACGGCAACAAAAUCUGCCCAAUCUGCCGUGCUGUAUGGAAGGAGCUGCCUUUUCAGGGGCCUCAGCUGGCUGCAUCUGCUGCCCAUGGGUCAGGGAGACUAAACCCAUCGAUUUGGCCCCAUAUGAGCAUGCUGUCGGUGAAUCCGCUGGAGGAUGAGCUCCCAGUCUUUGUCAUUCCGGAGCCAGCAGUUUUCAAUGACGAUGAGCAGAUAUAUCUUCAGCCUGAAACAGCAGUUGGGGGUGGGGAUUAUGAGAUUCCUCCUUUGCUUGAGAUCACGACAUACACUGCAUUCCCAGCAAUUCAGGAGUCCGUGGCACAGGAGCAGUUUGCCAUCUUGAUCCAUCUCAAGGCUCCGCAUGUGCCGGCGUGGAGUGCGCACCCGAGCACCACUGGAUCUGGUGACUGUGCUCGACGUCAGCGGGAGCAUGUCUGGCUCCAAGCUUGCGCCCUGAAGCGCGCCAUGAGGUUCGUGAUCGAAAACCUUGACCCCAGCGAUCGGCUCUCCGUCGUCGCCUUUCUCCUCGACGGCCUGCAGGCUGUUCCCGCUCCGGAGGAUGACCGCCGCCUUCAGCAGCAGUCGCUGCAGGCUGUCGACUCCUCGUCGCCGAUGGUGGCACCAACAUCGCCGAGGGACUGCGGAAAGCUGCCAGGGUGGUGGAGGACAGGCAAACCAGGAACCCGGUGUGCAGCAUCAUCCUGCUCUCUGACGGCGUGGACUCCCACAACCUCCCGCCGCUGGGGCGGCUCGGCGCCGGACUACGCGCCGCUCGUCCCGCGCUCCAUCCUUCCCGGGAGCGAGCACCACGACGCCUUCAAGCAGUGCAUCGGCGGCCUCCUCAGCGUGGUGGCGCAGGAGACGCGGCUCAGCGUCGAGUGCGCCGACCAAGGCGUGCUGCUCACGUCCAUCAAGUCUGGCAGCUACGCCAGCGGAGUGGACGGCGACGGCCGCGGCGGCUUCGUCCACGUCGGCCGCCUCUACGCCGACGAGGAGAGGGACUUCCUCGUCACCGUGCGCGUGCCGCCGUCACGCGUGUCCACUGCGCUCAUCCGGCCGAUCUGCACCUACCGCGACGCGGUCACCGCGGAGAUGGUGCGGGUGGGAGGCGACCCGGUGAUGCUGCUGCGCCCAGAGUUCCCGGUGAGCGCGGGGAUGUCCCUGCAGGUGGAGCGCGAGUGGCACCGCGUCCACGCCACGGAGGACAUGGCCGCGGCGCAGGCCGCCGCGGAGGAGGGCCACUACACCCGCGCGGCUUCGAUCCUGGAGGCCCGCCGCCUGCUGCUGGAGUCGUGCGCGUUGCUGUCCUGGGACCAGCAAACGCAGGCGCUGGUGGCCGAGCUGCGGGAGAUGCAGGAGCGCGUGCUGAACCCGCAGCUGUACGACGGGCCUGGCCGCGCCUACAUCCUGUCCGGGCUGAGCUCCCACUCGUGGCAGCGUGCCACUGCGCGCGGCGACUCGACGGAGCUCACGGGCCUCGUCCACAGGUACCAGGCGCCUUCCAUGGUGGACAUGCUCAGCCGGUCGCAGGCGCUGCAGCCGGAGGUACCAGAGGCACUAAGCCGGUCCCCGUCGAUCUCAUCCUCGCGCAGCCCGGCCCCAACCCCCGCCCCCACCUCCGGCUCGCCGAGGCCACGACGCGGGCUCCGGUCGUUCAGACUCCGGUCGUGA